AUGGUCCAGCGCCCCCAAAUGGUCAUUGUGUUCAUACUGGGCGGUUCCAUCAUCAUCUUCUUCAUGUACCUGAAACCGACCAUUCACUCUCAAACUGCCCAAAGCUUUAACGAUCUUAUUAAUGAGGUUAAGACCUCCAGGGGACUAAACCAAGACCAGGCAGGGCUAAACACAGACUGGGAGGGGCCUAACCCAAAGAAGGCGGGGCCAAUCACAGACCGAUUAGGGCCAAAGCAGGCAGGGCGAAACCAAGAGCAUGUGGAGUUAAACACUGAACAGAUGGAGUUACUUCCUAAAAGGGCAGAGCUACACCCUGAACAGGCGGAGUUUAACUCUAAAAGGGCGGAGCCAAACCCUGAACAGGCAGAUUUAAACUAUAAAAGGGCGGAACUAAACACUGAACAGGCGGAGUCAAACUCUAAAAGGGCGGAGCCAAACCGUGAACAGGCAAAUUUAAACCCUGAAUGGGUAGAGUUCAACACUGAACAGGUGGAGUUAAUCCCUAAAAGGGUGGAGCUAAAUGGUGAACAGGCUAAUUUAAACCCUGAACGGGCGGAGUUAAACCCAGAGCAGGCAGAGCUGAACCCUGAACGGGCAGAGCUAAAUGAUGAACAGGCAGAUUUAAACCCUGAACAGGUGGAGUUAAUCCCUAAAAGGGUGGGGCUAAACCCUGAGCAGGCGGAGUUGAACCCGCAGCUGACAGUGGUUCUGGUGUGGCUGUGGCCGUUCGGUCAGUCGUUUGAGCUGGACGUCUGCAGCAGUUUGUUCAGAAUUGAGGGCUGUUUAUUAACGGCGGACCGUGAGCUGUUUAACCGCUCGGCCGGAGUGGUCAUCCACCACCGUGACAUCAGCCCAGAUUUAUCUAACCUGCCCCGUCUCCCCCGCCCCGCCCACCAGAAGUGGAUCUGGAUGAACCUGGAGUCGCCCUCACAUUCACCCAGAAUUCCCGGGCUGGAGAAGCUCUUCAAUGUGACGCUGAGUUACCGCGCCGACGCCGAUAUCUACGUUCCGUAUGGCUCCGUCAUCUUCAAACAGGAAGAGGAAGAGUUUAUUUUAGCGAAUAAAACCGAGCUGGUGUGCUGGAUAGUCAGUAACUGGAACCCGAAUCACGCGCGGGUGAGAUAUUACAGUGAGCUGCGUAAACACGUCCGCGUCCACGCGCUCGGUCACGCCUUCGGUCACUCAGUCUCCAGUGAAGAUUUAUCCUCCACUAUAGCCAGCUGUAAAUUCUACCUGGCCUUCGAAAACUCCGCCCACAGAGAUUACAUCACCGAGAAACUGUUUAGAGCUUUAGCUUUUGGCUCCGUGCCAAUCGCCCUGGGCACGUCCCGGAAAAACUACGAGAACUUCGUACCCGGAGACGCUUUCAUUCAUGUUGACGAUUUUCUGUCCCCGAAAGAUCUGGCUGACCACCUGCAGCUGCUGGACAAAACUAACGAACUCUACUUGCGUUACUUCGUCUGGAGGCGAGAUUUUACCGUGAAAAUGUCCCAUUUCUGGGCCGAACACACCUGUCGCACCUGCGAAUACCUAAAAAAUCACAAAGAGUUCAAAACCUUUAAUCACCUUGACACCUGGUUUUGGGAUUAACACACACAUCAGCCUGUAACCAUGGCAACCUUCAAAGCAAAUAGUUCAGAUCUUAUUCGAUCAUCC